AUGGCUGAGGGAGUUGUGUCGUUUGGAGUGCAGAAACUCUGGGAGCUCUUGGGCCGAGAAUCUGAUCGACUGCAGGGAGUUCAUGAGAAAGUUGAUGAUCUAAAAUGUCAGAUGAGAAUGUUACAGUCGUUGUUGAAAGAUGCAGAUGCCAAGAAACAUGGGAGUGAAGUAGUGAGAAACUUCUUGGAAGAUGUCAAAGACAUUGUUUUUGAUGCUGAAGACAUAAUCGAAUCCUUUCUUUUGAAAGAACUCAGUGGAAACCAAAAAGGGGUCAAGGGGCGUGUGAAAAGACUUGCUUGUUUCUUAGUGGAUCGCCGAGGUCUUUCUAUGGACAUUGAAGGCAUAACAAAGAGAAUGGCCAAGGUUGUUGGGCAAAUGCAGAGCUUUGGAAUACAACAGAUCAUCUACAGAUCACCGUCUCUACAAGAGAGACAAAGACCAAGGGAGAACCGACAAACAUAUCCAAAGAGAUCUCAAAAGGAUCUUGUGGGGGUGGAACAGAGUGUUAAUGAAUUGGUUGGUCAUUUGGUGGAGAAUGAUAGCAUCCAAACAAGUCUUUCAUCAUGA